GUUUUAGUAAAGUAUGGAUGAGCAACUGGGUGAUGAAAAUCUUUCGUCAACAAUACUGAAAAAGCAGCUGGAACGGAUCAAGAAAAAGGAAGAAACCCGGGUUAUGCUUCAUGAAUCAAUAGAAACGGAAUUUUCAAUGCCCUGUUCACUUGAAGCUUAUAAUUUGGAAAGUGCCAAUAUGGAGUUUUGGCGUUUUGUAGCUGGAAAAUUUGCUAGUGAAUUGGACAAGCUACGAGCGGACAAUCUUAAUCUAAAAAAUUUGAUAAACAGCAGAAAAACUCGGCUUGACGAACUCAAAGAUCUGAAUACCGAAAUGCUGGAAAAAGCGCAGUGUCUAGAUAAUGGUAUUAACGAGACUAAAUCCACCUCCUCAUCAUCACCUUGAAUUUAUCUAGUUCAUAAAGAAUUCACUGUCAUGAUUUAUAUCUGUAGUUGUUAUGCGCCUAUUUCCUGGUGUUUACUUCAUUGAUUUGAAAGGGAAAUCAUAUUCUUCAAUCUGCAAUGCAAUAAUUUUAUUAGUCUGAUACUGCUGAAAAAAUACCGCCUAUGGCGCGAGUGAUUAAUGGUAAAGAGAAAUAACAGGAUUAAAGUGCAGAAUGCAUGAUUUCUUGUUGCGGUCAUCAUGUUAUUUGAGAUAUUAUAAUUUAGCGGUGAUAUUUAACGAUGACAAGGUGCUAUAGAUGAUUUUACAUUGUGAAUUUAAGUCAAUGUUUUAUCAUGCUGUGCUGACACAGAAUCGAAGAGAGGUGAUCAUUUUAAGUGGUCACGAAAUCUACAGUCCCCAGUAUGUUCUAUAAUUGUAUGUACUGUUUGUUUUAUUUUCACCUGAUAAAGUUUCAAGUCAUUUUUCC